AACCCCCAAGAUAAUUCAAUCCUCACAUCAAAACAGAAACCUUAAGCUUCAAACACAAGCUACAAAAAUGGCAACAAAGCUGCUUUUAUCAGUCCUAGUCAUAACCCUAAUCUCAUUAUUCUCACCAUCUAAAUCUUCUAAUGAAAUAGAUGUAUGGUGCAACAAGACCCCAAAUCCUGAACCAUGCAAAUACUUCAUGAAACAAAACCCUAACUCUGUUCCAACAUGCAAAUCUGAUUUUCGCAAAAUGGCGAUUGACUUAGCCAUGCAAAGAGCCCUAACUGCUCAAACCCAGAACAAAUGGUUAGGCUCAAAAUGCCGAAAUGAAAAAGAAAAGGCUGCAUGGGCCGAUUGCUAUAAGCUUUACGAAAACACCAUUGCUCAACUCAAUCACACUCUUGACCCCAACACUAAAUGCACCGAGAACGAUGCACAAACUUGGCUCAGUACUGCUCUAACCAAUCUUGAUACCUGUAGAGCUGGGUUUCUUGAGCUAGGGGUUUCAAAUUAUAUGUUGCCUCUCAUGUCCAACAAUGUCUCAAAGCUGAUAUGCAACACUUUGGCAAUAAACAAAAAUGACUCAUCAUCGUCUGAUUUGCCACAAACAUACAAAGAUGGGUUUCCUAGCUGGGUUAAACCAGGUGAUCGGAAGCUUUUGCAGGCUUCUUCAUUGAACCCUAAUCUUGUGGUGGCUCAAGAUGGUUCAGGGAACUUCCGGACCAUAAAACAAGCCCUCGAUGCUGCGGCCAAGAGAAGUGGAAGUGGGAGGUUUAUCAUACGCGUUAAGAGUGGAGUUUAUAAAGAGAAUCUUGAGAUUGGUAACAAAAUGAAGAAUAUUAUGUUGGUUGGUGAUGGUUUGAGAACUACUAUUAUCACCGGUAGCCGGAGUGUCGGAGGAGGCUCUACUACCUUUAAUUCGGCAACAGUUGCUGUCACCGGAGAGGGCUUCAUAGCCCGUGGAAUAACAUUCCGCAACACAGCAGGUCCUCAAAACCACCAAGCAGUAGCCCUCCGAUCAGGCUCCGAUCUCUCAGUAUUCUACCGUUGCGGCUUCGAAGGUUACCAAGACACAUUAUACGUACAUUCUCAAAGACAAUUCUACAAAGAAUGUUACAUUUACGGAACCGUAGACUUCAUAUUCGGUAACGCCGCCGUCGUUUUACAAAACUGCAUGAUCUACGCAAGAAAGCCAAUGGACAAACAAAAGAUCGCAGUAACAGCACAAGGUAGAACAGACCCGAAUCAAAACACAGGCAUUUCAAUUCAUAACUCUAGAGUUAUGGCUGCACCUGAUCUUGUACCGGUUCUCAGCUCAUUCCAAACUUUCUUGGGCCGGCCAUGGAAACUGUAUUCAAGAACUGUUUAUCUUCAGACUUAUCUUGAUUCUUUGGUGGCGCCGGCGGGUUGGCUUGAAUGGGACGGUGAUUUUGCGUUGAAGACUUUAUAUUAUGGAGAGUAUAGAAACUCGGGUCCUGGUGCUCCGACGAGUGGAAGAGUUAAGUGGGGUGGUUAUCGGGUGAUCACAAGUGCAACUGAAGCAUCUAAGUUUACCGUUGAUAACUUCAUUGGUGGACGGUCAUGGUUGCCAGCUACUGGUGUUCCUUUCAGCUCUGGACUUUGAUUGAAUUUGUUAACUGUGAUUGAUUUUCAUUUGUAUGAUUUAGAUUUAUUUGUUCUUUAAUUGUUUCUAAGCUUGUUUUUUGUAUUUACCAGUUCGUGACAAAUUUCUUUACAAAAUGUAUAAUAACAAUGAAAUAAAGGUAUAAUUGCAUAAUUAAUUCUAAA